GAGUUACCAGGUUGACAGGCGGUUUCAUGGUUUAAUUUUCCUCAGCUGCACCCCUCAUGAAGUUUGAUCAAUGGCUACAUUACCAUUACUUCUGAUCUUCUCUGUGGCUUUUACAGGUUUAACUGAAGGUGUCGGUGUGCUGCCGGAUGGUCCUCUGAAUGCAACUGUUAAUGGGACGGUUAUGUUCACUACAUCACUGAGUCCAACACAAACACCGUUUACGUCUGUGAGCUGGACUUUUGGAGUGACAAAUAUAAUAACCUCAAGUAGUGGCUCAAAUAUAAUUCCACCAGAGUAUGAAGACAGGAUCACUCUGUUCCCAUCUACUGGAUCUCUGGAGCUCAGGAACCUGACUGAAGCUGACAGUGGAGAGUACAGUGUUCACAUUUUACCAGCUGGUGAAGCCGCUUUGGUUGGGCGAACCACACUGAAUAUAUAUGAGCCAGUCUCCAGUGUAACAGUAGAUCCCAAAAGUGCAGACUUGGUUGAAUUCAACGAUUCUGUCAGUCUGUCCUGCACCUCCUUUGGAUCCCCCACCUCUUUCCUCUGGCUGAAUGACACCUCUGAGGUUACAGCCAGUGACAGAGUUCAGUUCACUGAUGGAGGAUCCGUGAUGACGAUAGUCAACGUGACUCGCUUUGAUCAGCAACAGCUCAGGUGUCGUGCGUCCAAUCCUGUCAGUCAUGCCACCAGUGAGCCUGUACCCAUCUCUGUCAGCUUUGGCCCAGAAAAUACCAACUUGAUGCUCUCACCACAAGAAGAAAACUUUGCAGUCGGGUCAAACAUCCGCCUGGUCUGCUCAGCUGAGUCUCGACCUGAUGCCCAGUUUAUGUGGUUUCUGGAUGGAGACAAGCUGGAUCACACAGAACGAGAGCUCAGCUUGACAAACAUUCAGAUGAACCAGGCUGGAAACUACAGCUGUCAGACCUUCAAUGUCAAAACUCUGAGAUAUCAAACAUCUCAACCUGCAGCCAUAUCUGUAAUGGAGAAAAUAUCAGGUCCUUCUAUCAAAUCAUCCACAAAUCUGACAGUCGAGGAGACGCGUGUCGACUUAACCUGUGAGGCCUCUGGCUCCAUCUUCACCAGGACAUGGAAGAAGGACGGCUCAGAUCUGGUCCUGGGUGACAACAUGAUGCUUUCUGACAAUAACAGAUUGUUGUCUUUCAACCCUGUGAACAGAAAGGACAGCGGAGAAUAUUCCUGUCAUAUCAGCAACCCUGUCAGCAGUGGUGAAGCUAAAUACAACAUGGUUGUUAACUAUGGACCAGACAGUGUUCAAAUCGCAGGUGUAAGUCGGCUAAAUGUGAAAAGCACCUUAACAUUGAGCUGCUCUGCUGAUUCCAUACCAUCUGCCAGUUACACCUGGAAACUCAAUGGGACAACGAUGGUCACCAACUCUGCUGAAUACAUUAAAGAAAAUGUUGACUUUUCUGACAGUGGAGAGUACACGUGUGAAGCAAGAAAUGCUAUAACUGAGAGAACAUUACAGGCAGUGCAUGCAUUGACUGUAACUGCAGGUACUUAA